CGGUUCAAAAAUGUAUGCCCUAUGGUAGCUCCAUACAAUGUUCACAUUGUUUCGAAGUAGCGUUUUUUCAGCCAACUCAUUCCUGCCUGUAAUCUCUUCCCAUACUUAUCAGAAACUUUACCGAGAAAAAAGGCAAAAAAACUUGCAAAUAUAUGGAACCCCACGACCGUGCUUUGUAUUACACACACAGAAACCGGUAAAUAGCAUGAUAAAAAGGUAGAAUGCUGCGCGAUAUUAUCGUGAAAUAAUUUACAUAUUACCGAAAACAAAAUGAACCUACGUUAGACUACGAAAAAUAGGCGUUCAGUUAGAAUUAGUAUUUUUUGUUCGACCCUUUUUUUGGAAAAUUGUUCAAUAUUUUCAACAUUAUGACCGAAAAAGUGACCGUCACCGUGAAAGAAGGCCGAGUACGUGGAUUUAAAGCCAAGACUCCUUACUCCGGAGCAGAAUAUUAUAAUUUUCUUGGAAUACCUUACGCUCAAUCGACCGCUGGCUCGGCUCGUUACAAAGAUCCGGUGAAAGUGAAACCCUGGAGCAAUAUUCUCGAUGCAACUGCUCCAAAGGAUGGCUGUAUGCAAUUCUCAUUACAGACAAGAGAUAUACGUGGUUCAGAAGAUUGCUUAUACAACAACAUUUAUACCCCACAGCUACCAUCGAAAGGAAGUCCUUUAAAAGCUGUAAUGGUCAAUCUGCAUCCAGGAGGGUUCUUUCACGGUUCGCCAGAUCCUUGGUAUUACGGUGCUCCAGAAUUCAUCAUGCAUCAUGACGUCAUAUACGUCUGCGUUGGAUUCCGAUUACACGUACUUGGAUACUUAAACUUACAUAUGAAGGUUUGUUCUGGAAACCAAGCUCUAAAAGACGUAAUUCUUAGUCUAAAAUGGAUCAAAGAGAACAUCAGUGCUUUCGGAGGCGAUCCAGAUAACAUAACAUUGAUGGGCAGCAGCAGCGGAUCAGCUCUCGUACACUUCAUGCUACUUUCCCCAAUGGCCAGGGGUUUAUACCAUAAAGCCAUUCUCAUGGGCAUGUACGUCUUCAGUCCAGUUAUAGUUUUUUUUGACGAUCACGUCACGACUGCUUAUGAACUCGCCGAAAUGAUGGGUUACGAUGGUUUACGAGGCGAGAACAAGAAACUGCUCUCGUUUUACAGAACAUUAGAAUUCCAACAUUUCGCCACGGCCAGACCCGAACAUUUUUACGUCAGGAGUACGUUGCAAGUUUAUCCCGCUUCGCCAUUUAUGUGUACUCCAGAACCAGGAGAAAAUUCUCCUCUGCAAAUAUCACCUCGAAAACUUAUCCCUUCAACGAACCGUGUUCCAGUAAUAAUUGGAUUUUGCGAAAAAGAGGCUGCUAUGUCUCUCGCUAUGCUUCGAAUGUUUAAAAAACCCAUAAACGACAGUUUCUACAAAGCUAUUCGGCAGAAUCCUUGGUGUUGGGGAGCUGCAUUAAACGAUGAUGAACUAAAACUGGUGCAAAGAGAAGUAGAAAAUUUUUAUUUGGAUGGUAAACCAAUAGAGAACGCUUCGCAAUCAACGUUGUGUGACAUUAUAACAGACAUUGCAUUAUCCGACGUGUAUGAUACUUUGAUCAAUGUGAUCUCUGCAGACCUACCUUCGUCAGUCUACGUCUAUAAUUUUCUAUACGAUGGUAAAUUAUGCACGAUGAAAGCGAAACUAGCAAAUCUUUUAGAAAAAGAGUUAAAAGGAGCAUUUCACGCUGCCGAUUACAGUUACUGGAAUUACGCCGCAGAAUUCGCCGGUAAAACAAUGGCCAAUAUACAACCGAAAGAUCGAUUAACCAUUGACCGAAUGACGAGUCUAUUCACUUCGUUUGCUAAAACUUCGAACCCAAACUACGAUGGAUUAGAAGUUGAUUGGAAACCAACUACCGCAGAUCACCCGAGUCAUUUAAUUAUCAACGAAUCUCUACAAGUUGAGGACAAACUACUGAACGGCGAACGAAUGGAAUUCUGGCAUAAACUCAAGAACAAAUUCGCGAAGCAUACUAAUAACUUAUGAGUAAAAUUUUCCAUUACUAUUCAAUAUAUUAUUUAAAUACCACGGU